GGCAAAUCUUCUGGAUUCUGUAAUGUAUAGGAUGGGUAUCCUUGCAGCACUUCGAUCAAAACAGACAAAAGCCACUGUUGGAGUAAUGAUAACCGCAUCCCACAAUCCAGAGGAGGAUAACGGUGUGAAGUUGGUGGAACCUAUGGGUGAGAUGCUAGUUCCAGAUUGGGAACGUUAUGCAACUUGGAUGGCAAACUCCAGCGAUGAGGAUCUUGACAGCACAGUGAAGAAGGUGACCAAAGAAGCAGAAGUAGACCUCUCAGUGCCUGCUAAUGUAUUCAUAGCCAGAGAUACAAGACCCAGCAGUGUAUCUCUUGCUCAGUCUCUGAAGGAUGGUGUCACUGCUAUGGAAAGCCAACUAACGGAUUAUGGUUUGUUAUCAACACCCCAGCUUCAUUAUAUGGUAAGGUGCUACAACACUAAACAAGCAUAUGGACAGCAUACAGAACAAGGCUAUUACAAGAAAUUGGCCCAUGCGUUCCAAAGUCUUCACAAACUGAAUGAUGUAGGAGGCGGAGAUUACAGUAAUCAAAUCUUGCUUGAUGGAGCUAACGGGGUCGGUGCCCUCAAAGUGAUGCAGUUCCUAAACCAUAUGGAGAGCUCUAUUCUUAAUAUUACUGUAUGUAACGACGGAUCAAAUGGCAAACUCAAUGAGAUGUGUGGAGCUGACUAUGUAAAAGUUCAACAGAAGCCAUCAUCAGGUAUGCCAAGCCAAGUAGCAGUGAAGUGUGUGUCCUUUGAUGGCGAUGCAGAUCGAAUUGUUUAUUUUUACACCGACACAAAUCAGUGUUUUCAUCUCCUUGAUGGCGACAAAAUAGCAACAUUGAUUGCUGGUUAUAUUCAAGAAUUACUAACACAGAGUGGAUUGGAGCUCAAUUUGGGUCUUGUGCAGACAGCAUAUGCCAAUGGAAGUUCCACCAAAUAUGUCUCAGAAACUCUAAAAGUGCCUGUUGCCUGUGUAAAUACAGGCGUGAAACAUCUACACCACAAAGCUCAGGAGUUUGACAUUGGAGUCUACUUUGAAGCCAAUGGACAUGGAACAGUACUUUACAGUAAAAAUGCAGAGGAGAAAAUCCUGCAAGCCUGUGAAGAUCCAAGCCUUUCAAAGGAUCAGCAGAAAUCCGCUACCGUCCUGAAACAUUUUGUUGACCUCACAAACCAGACUGUAGGAGAUGCACUUUCUGAUCUGCUCCUGGUAGAGACCAUUCUCUGGGCUAAAAGAUGGACAGUAGACACAUGGAAUGCAUCCUAUACAGACCUCCCUAACAGACAACUCAAAGUCAAGGUGGCAGACCGAACAGCAGUCCAGACAACAGAUGCCGAGAGACAGUGCACCAGACCGGCUGGCUUACAGGAUGCCAUCAACACCCUGAUAGCGAACUACCAAUCAGCACGCUCGUUUGUAAGACCAUCAGGAACAGAAGAUGUCGUCAGGGUCUAUGCUGAAGCUGCAACGAGAGAACAAGCAGACAAACUAGCUUAUGAAGUGGCAGGGAAAGUAUACGAUCUAACCAACGGUGUUGGUGAUCGUCCAGUAGCUCCAUCAAGCUGAUCUGAUCAUCUUGUAUUGUUCUGAAAUCGCCUUCUAAUAUCUUCAGGAAAGGAUCAAAGAGCUUACAAUCUGUUAUGUAAAUUGACAACAAAGAUUUUGUUUCCUUUUUUUUUUUUUUUAAGUGCUACAUUGUCAUACAUAUAUUUGAUAUUUUAGACUUUUUAACCAUUAACUUGCUGUUUUUACAUUCCAACCUCUUUGGAAACGGAAAUAUUUUAUAGACUUCUUUUCAUUAAAUUGGCAUCAUAGUUUAUUUUAAUCUAUUGUUGCAUUGUUACACAGUCAUAAAAUAUUUUUCAAUCUUUAUAAGCCUUCUCACACUGUUUUAUUUUCUAAAAUAAAACAUUUUACAACUCAGUGGUAUGACAUUAGUGUUAAAAUGCAUAGUUAGGUGCCGAGUACAGUUCAUUGAUGUUUUGCCAAUUUGUAGUGUACCGUGAUGAUUUAAUUUUGUUUUUAUGUGUUACCAAUUUAAAUAAUAUAACACUUUUGACCAUAAAAUGCAUAGCAUUCCGACAUGGUCAUCCAUUCACUGUAUGAUGCACUGUAUUGAUGUUUAUUACCUGCUUACUAAUGAAUUACUAAAUAAAAGAAACAUAGUUAAAAUCAUUAAUAAAUAAGAAUGAUUUUAACCUUGUGGUAAAAGUGAAGACAUAACAUUUUAUUUUUUAUUCCUGUUCAUGAUUUCCAAGUGAAUUGCAAUUCAUUUUUUUUUCAUUUCAUAUAUACUUCCAUGUCAGUUGUGGGAAAAUUAUAUUUUUGGGGGAAAGAGUUACUUUUCAAAUGCUCUAAAUGCUUGUCACGUGGCAAGGAAAUGGUGAUCAAAACCUGUGUAUAACUCUCAUGUGAAUUACAGUUCAGUUGUUUUUAUUGCUGAUAUACUUUCAUAUCACUCGUGAGAAAAUUAUAUAGCUUAUUUUUUUAAGUAUAAGAUUCAAAUGCCCACAAUGCUUGUCAUGUGACAAGGAAAUGGUGAUUAAAACAUGUUUGACAUGUUUAUGACUUCCAUAUGAAUUGCAGUAUUAUUUAGUAUUUUUUUUUAAAUAAUUAUGGAGUUCCAGUACUUAGUACAUGAAUUACAUGUACAUCAUGAAGUAUAUAAAAUUGUUUUUUAAAGGCCCUUGCACACUACAUGAUCCAUUGCAAUUCAAUUUACAAAGGCUUUGAAAUAGCAUUUGAUAUGUGAACAUUCUAAUGAUCAAAACUUCCAAAUAGUGGUAUAAAUACUUUAAUUGAAAUUCCAAUCUCUUUUGAGCCUCUCUAUAGGAAUAAAGCAAAAUCUUAAUGAUGCCAUCAUCGACUGCACCUUCUGUAUCAUUAUUCUUAUAUUUUUUUUGUAACUUAUUUGAUAUCAGGGUUGACUUCUAUUUUCAGUCUUGUUGUAUACAUCAAAACUCUAUAGAUUUAUGCAGGUGUUAGAAACAUGUAUAUAAUAUUAAAGAUGUUAUCAGUAAAAAUAGAUAUUGUAGUAUAAUGCCAAAUUUUAGUUUUCUCAUUUUACAUUUCCAUCUGCCAUGUGCAUAGGUUAUUCUGUAAAGUACGCUUUGUGUAUAUUUCUUAAUAGUGGACAGGUGAGUAUUGAAUUUCCUUCUGUAAGUGCACUUCGAAAAUCUAGACACUUAAUGGUAUUUUUCUGGAUAAAUGUGUUCUUUUCUUGAGAAUUGGUGGAUGGAUUGUAAAAUUUGAAAAAGCGCUCAUUGACACACCAUUUCAUUCACUUUGCAUGAUUCUUUGUUUCUACUAUAUCGUAAUUCCAUCAAGAAAUUUAUAUACUGUUAAUAAACACUUCAAUGGUAUUCUGUAAUUCCUGUAUGUUUAUUUGUAUGUUAAUUUAGAAUUAUUGUCCAUAAAUUGCUCCGCUUUCAAGCUUCAAGCAAGGCUGGAAAAAACAAACUCAGAAUGGUCUAGUCUUUGUUUUAACAGUUUUUCUGUACAUUUUUACUCAGACAGGAAGACAGUACAUGUAUCUGUUGGCAUUCAGUGCACCUAUUUAUUUCAUGAUGAUUGCUGAUUUGAAUUUGUUUGGCACUAAUUAUGGGAUAUCAAUAUGAUUUUAAAAUAUUAUAGGGGGGAAAAUGAGACAGCUGGGAAACUGGACAUUGAACAAUUUUUUCAGGAUAUGAUAAAGACGGCUGUUCAUAAGACGAUUUAACCCUAUAUAUCGCACCAAAGAUUAAAUAACAUUCCACUGUUAUUAGUGUUUCUGCACAGUAGUGUCUCUGUUUAUUGAACAGUAUAUAAGUGUCAUCACUUCUGUGAACUAUGAUUGUAUUCAUCCACCCCCCCCCCUGGCCCCCUUGUAAAGAUGAAAAUAUUCAGAUUUAGCGUAAAAGUAUGAAGUAAGUAUGGGGGUGUCGUGGUCUAGUGGUGAAGACUCUCGUCUUCCAAUCUGAGGGGUGUGGGUUCGAUUCCCAGCCAUGCCGUGCUUUCCUUCGGCAAGAAAUUUACCCACAUUGUGCUGCACUCAACCCAGAUAUUAGGUGGCAGGAAGUAAUUCCUCAAAAAGCUGUGAGCACCUGAAUCGGUAGACUAGUUCAGCUGGGGUAAUAUAGGAGAGUCUUGAGCACAUAACAAGGUAGUCACUUGGCUAUACAAAUCAUUUAUUAUUUAUUACAAUGUUCAUAAAGAGAGAGAAAGAGCAAUAUAUCCACACAUUGCUAUCCCUGUUAAUGUAACCAUUUAUGUGUAUGUUUGUUUCGUUUCUUUCAUUGGAAUACCUUUUGGAUCCAAGGUUGCAUUCUGUGAUAUCCUGAAUAUAAUGACAAUAUAUGAUAAAAACACACGUUUUAAAUGAAAAUUAUUUAAUUUCUUAUUUCCUAGUUUACACAUUGAUGGUGGCUCUCAUCACUUGAUAACAACAUAAUAACACAAGCAAGUCUUCUUAGAUUUUGGAUUGCCUCCACACUAUGUAUACACAUACUCCACCCCCUGGGGAGUAUUCCAGCAAUUGCCUGAUUAAUCUGUCUUCAAUAACAUCCAAAUAUUAUUUGUGAAAGAAGUAGUAUCAAUAUUUUUACUGUCUUGUACUGUAGUGCAAUAGUUACUGUAGCGCUUUGGUGCCAUUUUAGAAAGGAAGAAAAAAAAAAAAGUAAACAAUUUGUGUAGUUCCAGUGCACUUAAUAUUGAUUUGACAUGAAACACAAUUUCUUCUUGUCUGUCUUUUUUUGGUACUAUUUUGAUGUAAUGAUCGUUGCUGGAAACAAAUGUUAUUGAUGUGUCCAUUCCUUGUUUUCAGAUUCAUGUUAUUGAUAGCAAGCAAAGAUAUUCAGUAGUUUUAUUGUUUAAACUUUUAUUUCAUAUGUAUGAGAUCACGAGAUAAGAUACUUGUAAAUAUUUUUGUUAUUAGAUCUAAGAAUCAAUUUUGCAGCUUUCCUCGUGUGAGAGAAGUUCAUUUGUUACUGUAUAUGUUAAUCAAGUGGAAUUGGUGUAAAAUAUAAUAUCUGUUGGCAAUCAUAUUUCAUUUAUUUUCACAUUUGGUUUCAGAUCCAUGUAUGUGCAAUACAGUGCACAUGAAAUCAUUGUGGAUUUCAGUAAAAGGAGGACUUUCAUAACCUCCACUUCAACACCAUACAUAAAAAUGAUAAUGCUUGGCAAUGUUGCAAAAUAAGAACAACAUGAUAUGAUUAAAACAUGUAUUAAUCAUGUGAAGGUGAAACCGUGAAAAAAUCA